UCUUGGCUUCUCCAAACAUGCGGAAGUGAAUGAAGUGCUUUACACGCGGCUGCUUCCGAACACGGAAUAAAUAACAGAAAAAAUCAGAUCAAAUCAGGAAAAUGUUAUGAAGUGAAUUAGUUUGCGAUUUACAUUUAAAAUUAUAUGGAUGAACAUCUCGGGCAGAAUAAUUGUUUGUGCUGCAUCCAGGCUACAAAGUGAACAUGAAGUCAAUCUGCAGCAUGUCAUGACUUUCUGAGUGUUUGUAGUUUCUCCUGGUGCUCAGAUGAACAGAGAAGUGCAGGAGGACAUCACUACAGAGCCUAGGGCUGUCAGUGUGGGGCUCACAGAUACCUCUAAUGAGUGUAAACAACACUGUGGGAUCCUCAGGCUUUGCAGGUGGCACCAAGGAGGCUCUUAUUGGCACUGUGGUAUUUAAAGGUACCACCAUGGACUCCUCUGAUGUAGAUGCCAUGAUGCAGAGUAAACAUGUCACUUUGGGGGAGAAAAGUGUCACUAUAGAGUCUUCUGUUGAUGUGCUGCAGUCUACAGAUGAUGCUUUGGGAUCUAAUAUGAUUUUACAGUCAAACACUGACGCUUUAGUGUCUAAUGAUGAUGCUUUGGGGUCUAGCACAAACUUACAGUCUAACAGCUCCGCUUUGGGGUCUAACAGUGUGGCUGUGGAGUCUAACGAUGCCACUUUGGGGUCUAAUGAUGAGAGUUUGGGGUCUAGCACGAACUUACAGUCUAACAGCUCCACUUUGGGGUCUAACGAUGCCACCGUGGUGUCUGUUGCUGCCACUUUGGAGUCUGACGGUGCUACUGUGAUAUCCACUGGUGCCUGUGAAACAGCUGAAGGCAGCAACAUUCAAGUGUCUGUGAUCAUACCGGUGUAUAACGGUGCUAAAUGGCUGGAUGAAUGUCUUCAGUCCAUCUCAGAUCAGGACUUUCAGGGCACUCUGGAGAUCUCAGUGUUUGAUGACAACAGUACGGUACGCAGACUUCAGGAUAACUCCAGAGAGAUUGCUGAAAGCUGGAGAGCGAGGAUGAGGAUGAGAGGCGUUACCAUGGUGAUAUCUGGCCAUAACACAGACAGACCAAGAGGAGUUGGAUUUGCCAAAAACAAAGCUGUUGCUCAAAGCUCUGGACAAUAUCUUUGCUUUCAGGAUGCGGAUGACGUCAUGAUGCCCCAGAGAGUGAGACUGCAGUAUGAACCUGCUGUUCUGAACCCCAAUACUAUUGUUGGUUGUCAGGUGAGGCGAAUUCCAGAAGGUUCCACUGAGCGCUACACCAGGUGGAUCAACACACUCAGUCCAGAGCAACUGCUCAUGCAGGAUCCUGUCACAUUUCAGGUUUACACCUCUCACGGACCGACGGUUGUCAUGCCGACAUGGUUCUGCUCACGUCUUUGGUUCCAGAAAGUCGGCCCUUUUGAUGAAGGAGGGAAGGGGGUUCCAGAGGAUUUGCUGUGGUUCUACCAGAGCCUUCGGCAGGGAGGGGGAUUGAUCAGGGUGGACGAGUGUUUGCUGAUUUAUCGCUACCAUGAGCAGGCGGCAACACACACUGUACUGGAGGAAUCUCUGACACUCGCCAAAUGGAAGGUUGUGAAUUUAAAUCCCAGGACUGCAGACAGCCGCUGUGUGGCCCUCAGCCAAGAGCUAUAACCCUGAAGUGCUCAGCUCUGUGCUAGCUCGGCAUUGUGCUCCACUGAAUAUCAAUGUUGUACAAGCAAUAAAUUUAAACCUCCUAACCUGGAAUGUCUAAUCUCUGAAUAACAAAGGGAUAAAAAAUGGACUUCUGCACAUAAAGCUCUCCUGAAGCCCAAGUUUGGAUCAUGACCUUAUAUCGACUGUAAUUAAAACAGAAGUAUUUAAUGCUGCAACAUUUAACACUACACAACUGUGUGAUCAGCCAUAUGACCUCAGACUGACACUGCUUUUACACUGGAGACUUCUUCCAUUAAAUGAUUUCAGAGUGAGAAAGAGACAGAGACGAGAGAGAGGGAGACAGACAGAGAGGGAGAGACAAACAGAGAGAGAGAGAGGAUAUGAAGUUAGAGUAAAAGUCCAGUUCUCUAUGAUGACUCACUGAUGCUGGACAGAAAUUAAAACUUUCUCAAUCAAUUCUAUUGUUCUCUCUGUGUGUGUGUGUGUGUGUGAGUGUGUGUGAGUGUGUGUGUGUGUGUGUGAGUGAGUGAGAGUAUGUGUGUGUGUCUUUGGUCAUUUAAAGAGCAUAAACAUCUGUUUCUCUGCAGAUGAUUACCAUAUGCUUCUUUUCAUGUUCUUGCAAAAAUCUAAUUAAAAUGAGUCAGUAAGAAUUACAACAAGAAUAAAAACAGACGUUUCCAUCUGUGUGUGUGUGGCAUGAGCUGAUAUUCACAUUUUCUUUCUUCAGAUUAUGAUAUAUGCCGUAGAAAUUGGGAGGAUAAAAAUGUUAGUGGCCUGAAUUUUUUUAUUUUAUUUUAUUUUUUUCUGAUGUAACAAAGUUUAUCUCAAUAUAUUUAAGUGAUAUUUACAGCUGUCAGUAGUCAGCAUUUUAAUCCUAACAAUAUAGAAAUGAUAAUAUAUGAGAAGAUAAUCCUUUAUUCUUCCCAGUAGUUAAACCGCAAAGGUAUAACAGCUAAAGAAAAAAACAAGGUGACUUAAAAUUCUAAGAAAUAUUAUAUAGAGACUUAAAAAGACUUCACAUAAAACAUAUAAACAACUAAAUAAGAAAAUUACAGGAUUAAAAAAAAUUGAUUAUAUAUAUACAAUAAUCGCAAUCAUUUUCAGUCUGUUAUAAAGAUAUAAAGUAAUAAUAAUAAUUAUAAUUAUAAUAAAAUGUGAUCUGAUUCUAAAAACAGACAAACUGUUAGUAUUCGGUGUACUUGUGUUACUGCACAUUCCCUGUAUGAUGUAAAGAAUCCCCAAAGCUGGAUGGUCCAGUUUGUGGAUGUUCUACUGGGAGCGGUGCUGCUUGGUUGGAGAGUCUCCCAGCAGCAGGGAUGAAGACCUGUAGUUCUGCCCUAUAGGAGCAGCACAGUGUCUCCAACAUUCAUGACCGUCAUCAUCUUCCUUUCUCCAACAACCUGCACACCAGGUCCAGAGAAAAUCUAAAUGUUUUGCUUGAUGCAAAAUUAAAAAUCCUACUAGAUUUGAGGAAUCAGGAAUUUUAACAAGGUGAAAUCUUUCGGAAUACCAGGAAUCUUCUCGGCAUGACUGGAAUGUUCACUCCUGCGUACUGAAUCUGUGGCAUGUGGAGGUCACUUGUUAAAAAAGCCCUCUCAUGGUGUGUGUGUGUGUGUGUGUGUGUGUGUGCGCGCGCGCACCCUUAUUACACUCUGUUCCGAGGACUAAUGACUCCCAGUCAGAAGACUUGUGUAAAGGAAGUCGAGUAUUUCUUUAAAUAACCUGAAGGACAGAUCCUCCUUUUCCUUCACUCUAUUUUCAUUCUCUCCUCCUUUUCCUUCUGUCUCUAUUUUCCUUCUCUCCUCAUUUUCUUUCUCUCUCUAUUUUCCUUCUCUCCUCCUUUUCUUUCUCUCCUUCUGCUUGAUGUAAAUAAUCUUAUUUCUUUUUGAAGAAAUGUGCAUAAAAACACAACGCUUGAUAAAAUGUUAGCAAAAAUAUGACUAGCAAGAUUUAAAAAUAAAAAUGACCCUUUUUUCAUCACACAUCUGGUUUGCUUGCGUUUCCGUAGCUAGCUGAAUGAAAAUAGGAACUUAAAUUGAAUUGUUAAUUAAUUUGUAAGCCAGCAUUUGUACAAUAAUAUUAGCAUGUAUGCUAGCUUUAAUCAAAACUAGUGGACGUUUAAUGGAAGAAAUGGAGACGAUGCCUCGAAUGUGAGUUGGAAAGAAAGAAGGGAAAAAAUAUUGUUUUUCUGAGAGAAACUUUGGCACAGUCACAAUUCGAAGGUCUAAUAAACUUGAUGUUGUUGUGUAGCUGCAGUGCAGGUUGUGUUGGUGUUACAUGAAGUCUCUGGUGUU